AUAAGUAGCAAAAACCCUAGGACCCUAAUCACUCGCAACCCUUAUAACUUCAUCUCUGAGCUUCGGCUGCUCUGCCUCCUCCUCAACACCACAACCCUUGAGCAAUGGCGUCGGAGAAGAAGCUCGCGAACCCCAUGAGGGAAAUCAAGGUCCAGAAGCUCGUCCUCAACAUCUCCGUCGGCGAGAGCGGCGAUCGUCUCACCAGGGCCGCCAAGGUCUUGGAGCAACUCAGCGGCCAGACCCCUGUUUUCUCCAAAGCUCGGUACACUGUGAGGUCUUUCGGAAUCAGGCGUAAUGAGAAGAUCGCUUGCUAUGUUACUGUUAGGGGAGAUAAGGCAAUGUCACUGUUGGAGAGUGGGCUGAAGGUGAAGGAGUAUGAGCUUUUGCGUAAGAACUUCAGUGAUACUGGCUGCUUUGGAUUCGGUAUUCAGGAGCAUAUCGAUCUUGGAAUUAAGUAUGACCCUUCCACCGGUAUCUACGGUAUGGACUUCUAUGUUGUUCUUGAGCGCCCAGGGUACCGUGUUGGCCGUCGCCGCAGGUGCAAGGCCCGCGUUGGAAUUCAGCACAGAGUUACAAAGGAUGAUGCAAUGAAGUGGUUCCAAGUGAAAUAUGAGGGAGUCAUCCUUAACAAGUCCCAAGCAAUUGUUUAGACAGAUCCACCAUAAUCUUGGAGAUAUUUUGUUUUGGUUUUGGCAAGCUGUUACUUUCUACCAGUUUCAGUGUAUCAGAUGUUAUUUCUUUUUCUUUAAGACUAUGUAAGAGUAUUUUUGAGCUUAAGAACUUGGUGACCUCCCUUGUUUUGAA